AGAAUUAACAUAAAAAUUAAUGGAUUUUAGAAGAAAAACAAAAACUCGUCUAGAGUACAAGCCAGAAUAUGAAAAUCUGGAACAGAAAUAUCCACACAAUGUACUUUUGUACCGUUUGCCACCAAUUGAUGACAUACAAAUCCAGGAAUUUGAAGAAUUAUCGCUGGAACGUUUAAAAGUGUUGCGAAUCUUGGAGCAAGCACACACGAAAAAUUUGCGUUUAUUGUCGGAUGAUUGGAAGGAGUAUGUUCACGCAGAACUCUCCCGAGAAGGCUUAAAAGGUUAUUUGCGUUUGUGUACCAAUGGCGGGGCAACAGCGGUUAAUAAUGCAAGCAAACAUGAGUUUGAGCUUCAGGCCAGGCGUCGGGAUUACAUAUCACAUUUUAUAUUGAGAUUGGUUUAUUGUCGUACAAUGGAGUUAAAGCGUUGGUUUUUGGCACGUGAAAUGGAGCUUUUCAAAUAUAAAUUUUCUACAAUGUCUCCGGCAGAAAUUAAACAUUUUCUAGAGUUGCACAAAUUAGAUUAUGCACCCUUGAACCAGGAACAAAAGAAUGAGGUCAAAGAUGGUCUUUUCGAAAGUACUAUGGGACAGAGUGUGGCGAAGAUCGAAAUGUUGGACUUUUAUAAAGUACCUUUUACGCAGGUUUUAGACUUGGUUAGAUCUCGUCGUUGUUAUUUAAAAGAUGGUCAGGCAUAUGUUAACACAAAUGAUUUUAUUUCAAUUGUGGCCGUAAAACAAAUGGAUGAAAUUGAACAUGGCCUUCAGGCGGCCCAACGUUCAAUCAGAGAUGUAGAAACAGAUGAGCGUCUAUUUCAUCUACUUAAGUCAUUGCACACUUCAUAUACGGGUAAAGAUUAUACAGUUAGUAAAAAUGCAAGUGUUCCCAUUGAAUCUUUGGACCAACUUGCCAAAAAAUCAUAUCCAUUAUGUAUGCGAGCUUGUCAUGACCACAUACGCUCCACCCAUCAUAUCAAGCAUGAUGGUCGCAUGCAGUAUGGCUUGUUCCUUAAAGGUAUUGGCGUGACAUUGGAAGAUUCUAUUCGGUUUUGGCGCGAAGAAUUCUGUAGAAAAAUUGAUCCCGAAAAGUUUGCCAAAAGUUAUCAAUACAACAUUGAGCAUAAUUAUGGCAAAAAGGGUUCCAUGGUCAACUAUACACCCUAUUCGUGCCUUAAAAUUAUUCAGGAAAACGCUGUUCCCGGCAGCGUGCACGGUUGUCCAUAUAAAAUUUACGAUCAGACAACAUUAAAGAAUAAAUUGGCUGGUGCAGGUUUAUCGUCAGUCCAUGUUCAGGAAGUUAUGAGUUAUGUAGCCAAGGGUCACUAUCAAUUGGCAUGUGGUAAAUUUUUCCAAAUCACACAUGAAUCGUCAGAGGAUGUGGCCAUUACGCAUCCCAAUCAAUACUUCGAACAGAGCCAAAUUGUGCAAGGAAAUCGUAUUGUAGAGAAGAAGCCGGGAAACGUACAGCGUAAGACAAUUAAAAGUAGCCAGUCAAUGAACGAAACUACCAUGUUUAUGAAUAACGAUGAUGAUGAUGAGCUGUGGAAUUUAAUUGAAGAACCAAAAGAUACUGCCAGCUGUACGCAGCAAUCAACAACAAAUACCCUAAUAGAUUGGGAUGAUGAUCUAGAUCUAACAGCUAUUGAAUGCUGAAAGGGCUAUCGUUAUUAUUUAUACACAUAUAUUUCGUAGAAUAUAAAUUAGUACUCCUAAAUAAAAGUUUAAAAUGAUUCAUCUACAUAUGUAUCUAUUAUAUAAAAAUGAA